AUGCCGAGAUUUGAGGACCACGAGUGUACUUUGGCGAGGCAAGAGGAGGACGUGGUGAAGCAGUUUAUCGACACCGGCGUGUUCAUUACCGUCCGACGAACAAUCCGUUCUCUGUGCAUGGUCAGCAGAUCGCACCCGGAGACUCCCAAGUAUUUCAAGUCUUAUUCCGCGUGCCGGAACGAAGAAAUCAGGCACCUGGUUCACAACUACAACAUGAUACACCCUUUCAGCAAGCUGAAUUUGUUCUGGGAGUUCUAUAUGUUUUUCGUGUUCUCUCUUCAAUUUUUGCUCAUCCCGAUAGACGCGUCGAUGAUAAUGUAUCAGAAGGUAACAGUCGACUGGGCCAGAUUCGUCGUGGACAUGAUGCAGAUAACCGAUGUAAUCAAACUGUUCUUCACUGGGUUUUAUCACGAAGAAAAGAGUAAGGUGAUACUCGACUGCAACGCCGUAGCUAAGCGAUAUUUAACCGGCCACUUUUUCUUUGACAUCAUUUCUUCUUUGCAUUUCUUUCUAUUCCCAUUGAGGAUAAUGAAUAUUCUGGUUAUUAACGACACAGAAAUAAUAAAAAUACCUUUAAGACUUUUCAAUAGACUGAAGAUCGCCAGGAUGAGCAGGUGGCUGUACAUAUUGGAUCUAUUUCGUCAGUACAUGGGUUACUCGAGUUACCUUUUUAAAGGCAUCAAAGUCGUCCUUAUUUUCUUCGUGGUGACCUUUUGGGCCUUCUCCAUUAAUUUCUUCGUGGAGUAUUUCGUCGAAGUUUUCCUUAGUGGGGACGAAACUAUUAAUUUGGGGAACAGAAUUUUUCGGAGCUACUACGAGGCUACGUUAAUGCUCCUGUUGGUGGGCUAUGGAAAGCACGACAUCAAGGAAUGGCCCGAGUACCUAAACGCCAUUUUCUUUCUGUGCUUUGGAUUCGGCCUACAAUUGACGUUCUUGGUUACUCGUUCACGACUUGAAUACAAUUUUUCAGCCCAAAUACUGCAGGUGUGGACGAAAUAUGCUAGCGCGGAAAACAAACACCAUUCUCUGCACAAACAGUUCAAGGAAUACAUGAAAUACAAGGAACUACCUGUCAGUUUGAGGGAAAGGAUAUUCUCCUAUUUCCAGUUCAAAUUCCACAAACAGUUUUUCAAGGAAUCCGACAUUAACAAUAUGGUUUCUCCGUUACUGAAACAAGAAAUCUUAUUGCAUGUAACAAGGAACCACAUAGAAAGGGUCGAUUUCUUCAAGUACCUACCUGAAAAUAUUUUGAUGAAAGUCGUUGCUCAGCUCAAAUCGGAGAUUUAUUUGCCUGGAGACGUGAUUAUCAGUGCCGGAACGACGGGCACCAGCAUGUUUUUUAUUUAUCACGGGACGGUAGCUGUUUAUACCCCAAGUGGAAAAGAGAUUUGCCACCUGGAGGACGGUGCCCACUUCGGAGAGAUAGCCCUGAUCCUCAGCGAGACCAGAGUCGCCACAGUCAUCGCAGUCACCGCCAGCGAACUGUUUAUGCUGAAACGUUCGGACUUUCUGGCAGCCAUCGAGCCCUUUCCCGAAUUUAGGGACCAGCUGAUAACGGUGGCGACGGAGAGACUGCGGAAAACGAUCUUGCAAACUGAAAGCGAACUGUAGAAUUUUUAAGACGAAACUUUUUUGGAUUUCGUUGUUUUUAAUUAAUGCAUUUU